AUGUACCUAGUAGACAUUCAAAAGCCUACUAGAAAAUGUUCUGGGGCGGAUUGUGACAAAGAAGCCAGCGCUUUGCAAUGUCCAACAUGUCUCAAGCUAGGUAUCAAGGAUAGUUACUUCUGCUCUCAAGACUGCUUCAAAAAGAAUUGGUCUACACACAAGGCAGAGCAUAAGAUUCAAAAUGGCGAUGCAGGUACCGGACUCUACAACCCCUUCCCGACAUUCCCCUAUGUUGGCUCUGUUAGACCCGUAUAUCCACUUUCCCCGCGACGACCUGUACCUCAAACCAUCCUACAUCCCGAUUGGGCCGAGACUGGCAUCCCGAGGCGUGAAAUGCGCCUGAGCAGGUCUAAGUGGGACUUGUUGGAUGCGAAAGGUCAGGAGGGUAUGCGCAAGGUAUGCAGGCUAGCCCGAGAAGUGCUCGAUAUCACGGCUGCUGCCAUGAAACCUGGUGUGACCACGGAUUAUCUAGACGAAAUAUGCCACAAUGCUUGCGUUGAGCGAGAUUCGUAUCCAUCUCCACUCAACUAUAACAACUUUCCCAAGUCAUUGUGCACCUCCCCUAACGAGGUUGUAUGCCACGGCAUCCCUGACCAACGAGUUCUUCUCGAUGGCGAUAUCCUCAACCUCGACAUUUCCAUAUACCAUGGCGUGUAUCAUGCCGAUCUGAACGAGACCUAUUAUGUUGGCGAUAAGGCCAAAGCGGAUGCAGAUUUGGUCAGACUAAUCGAAACAACGCGCGAGGCCUUGGACAUGGCCAUCGAGAUUAUAAAACCAGGUGUACCGAUUCGGCAGUUCGGCAAGAUCAUUGAGAAGCACGCAGCUUCUAGAAACCUUGUCGUCAUGAAGACUUGGGGUGGUCACGGUAUCAAUUCGGAAUUCCAUCCUCCCCCCUGGAUUCCCCAUUAUGCAAAAAACAAGACCGUCGGAACUUGUAAGCCUGGGAUGACUUUCACGAUCGAACCGAUUUUGGCUCUGGGGAACAAUGGAGAAGUCAGUUGGCCGGAUAACUGGACCAACGUAACGGCGGACGGCAAAUGGACAGCACAGUUUGAACAUACCUUGCUCGUCACCGAAACAGGCGUCGAAGUUUUGACAGCUAGAUUGGAAAAUUCUCCAGGGGGGCCAAUCCCCAUGCCUGAGGCUGCGAGCGGAAAUGCUGAAUAAAUUAUAGCAGUGGGCCAGGAAGAUCCAUGGAUUUAUUCAGCUGGCUCCUAAAUAUAUAUUGGCUUGAUGCAUCUAGUUAACCCUAUAAAUUGUAGGUUCAAUUUUCAAUAGAUCUUCACCCCUCUCAUCUCUUGGCGUUAAAUGAGCGAGACAGCUUACUGAAUGGAUCUCAGUGGGCGCCCCUUUUCAAAGCUGGGCUUUGUCUG